AUGAAAGUUUUCAUUUCCAUUUUAUGGAGUUUUGCUCCAAAAAAUCGAUAUUAUCCCGGCUCAAUCGUUGACGUAUGUGUGGCUCUCGCCGUUCUCGUGUACAACGCUGGUUAUCAAUCAAUUAUUCCAGUGGUCGAACAGCUGACAGGUGAUGGAAGUGGCUAUCAUACCAGAGUGGCAAUGGAAAGAUGUGAUAAACUUCGCGUUUAUUACGAACACAAGAAACGCAAAGCAGACGUGCGAGCGAAAAUGACCGAAGAAGAACGAAAACAACAAGAAGAAAAGGAACAAGACGAUGAUGAACAGUUGGACGACUCGUACUUACCCGGUGCAUAUUAG